AUGCCGAACCAGUACCGAUGGGGCAUCAACCGUCUGGAAGAGUUCCUGGGGCCUCUUGUCGAGCGUGGCUUGGCGUCGGUCAUUCUUUUUGGUGUUCCCGUGCUCAAGGAGAAGGACGAGGUUGGAACACUGGCCGAUGAUGUCGAUGGUCCCGUUAUCCAAGCCAUCAAAAAGAUUCGCGAGCUUUUUCCUUCCCUGUAUGUGGCUGCUGAUGUAUGCCUGUGUGAGUACACAUCGCAUGGGCACUGUGGUGUGCUUCUGGAAGAUGGCAGCGUCGACAACCUAAAGUCAAUUGAACGCUUGGCCGACGUCGCGGUUGCCUAUGCGAAGGCCGGUGCACAUUGUGUGGCCCCCAGUGAUAUGAUGGAUGGACGUAUUGCUUCCAUCCGUCAGGGCCUGUUUAACCAUGGCUUGGCUAGUAGAACCACAGUCAUGGCCUACAGUGCCAAGUUUGCCUCCAGUAUGUAUGGCCCUUUCCGCGAAGCAGUUGCCUCGGCCCCUUCCUUUGGUGAUCGUCGCUGUUAUCAGCUUCCUGCAAAUGCACGCGGCUUGGCACGUCGUGCCAUUGUGCGCGAUGUGCAAGAAGGUGCUGACAUUAUUAUGGUGAAGCCUGCACUGCCUUACCUAGACAUUCUCGCUGAUGCGCGUGAGCUUGCUUCGGACUAUCCGCUGGCUUGCUACCAAAUCAGUGGUGAGUAUGCCAUGCUGCACGCUGCUGCGAAUGCUGGGGUGGGCGAUUUGCGCCGGCUAGUGGAAGAGACGAUGGUGUCCUUUCUCCGCGCUGGAGCCUCUCUGAUUCUCACGUACUUUACGCCAGAGUUACUGACGUGGCUCGACACACCGUUGUCCGCAUAA